AUGAUCAAAGAUAAUGCAACUUUAUAAUUUUCAGAUGAAGCCCACUUGAUCAAUCAAUAAAAUGUGUUUUAGCUGUAAUCAAAAGGUAUCUUAUUAUUGUUAACUAUAGGAGAUUGCUUAAGAGAAUAAUAGCAUUAUAAGCAAGCUCGGUUUUGUUAUGAGAUAUCAUUAAAAAUUAAUCCAAAUGAUGAACAUUAAAAUAAUAAAAGGGAAUUUUUGAUUAAUUAAAUUAGUAUUUUGUGA